AUGGAAGUUUCGGUGGAAGUUUGCACCCCUUCAUCGCUACAUUCCAAGCAGCAGAUGCUUUCACAAAAAUCUGACUCAGAAGGUCCAUAUCGACUUCUCUCAUGCUCUGGUAAGGGCGACAAAGGUGGCGUGAUACAGGAGCUAGAGAAAGGAGUAGAACCUAAUCUGGCUGACUAUGAUAAGAGAACAGCCCUCCAUUUAGCAUCCAGCGAAGGUUGCACAGAAGUUGUUGUCCUACUUCUUGAGAAAGGAGCUGAUGUGAACUCCACUGAUCGCUGGGGACGCACUCCACUGUCAGAUGCUCGUAGCUUCGGCCAUGAGAAAAUUUGUGAUAUUCUUGAGGCACAUGGAGGAAUUGAUCCGGUGGGACUUGAUUCUCAGAUUCCAUGCUAUGAAAUUGGUCACGAUGAGGUGAACAUGAAUGAAGCAACUCUUAUUGGAGAAGGUUCAUAUGGUGAGGUUUACCUAGUGAGGUGGCGCGGUACAGAAGUUGCUGCAAAAACAAUUCGCUCUUCAAUUGCGUCAAAUCAAAUGGUGAAGAAAGCCUUUCUAAAGGAACUGGCCUUGUGGCAGACGUUGCGCCACCCAAACAUAGUACAGUUCCUUGGUGUUCUAAAGCACUCUGACCGCUUGAUAUUCCUCACCGAGUAUCUUCGCAAUGGAAGUUUGUAUGAUAUACUAAGAAAGAAAGGAAGGUUGGAUCCAUUGACAGCUGUUAGUUAUGCUUUAGACAUUGCAAGAGGUAUGAAUUACCUUCAUCAGCAUAAACCGUAUGCUAUAAUACACCGGGAUUUGACUCCAAGAAAUGUUUUGCAAGAUGAAGCUGGGCGCCUAAAAGUUACAGAUUUUGGCCUAAGCAAAAUUGCGCAGGAAAAAGAUGCUUAUGGUUAUAAAAUGACUGGAGGAACAGGAUCAUAUCGGUAUAUGGCUCCUGAGGUUUAUCGUCGAGAAUCAUAUGGAAUGAGUGUUGAUGUCUUUUCAUUUGCUCUAUUAGUACAUGAGAUGUUCCUAGGGGGACCUUCAAAUAGGGAGGAAGCUCCUGAGAAAGUGGCAGACAAGCGAGCGUAUGAAGAUUCACGUCCACCUCUUUCUUCAUAUGUAUACCCUGAACCAAUCAAGAUGCUUCUGCGAGAAUGCUGGCACAAGAAUCCAGAUUGCCGACCUACAUUUGAAGAAAUAAUCUUACAGCUGGAGAUUAUUCAAGAGAGUCUACAACAUAACAAUGGCAUUGUAGCCUGCUGCAGCUGUUAUGUUUUGUGAGAUCAACUUGUAGUGUGUUGUGCAAACUUCAUCUGGUAGUUCCUCCCUUUCAAAGCACACGUUUUUUUCGCUUUGUCUGUAUUUUCUUCUCUUCUGUUUCUUUUGACCUGUUGCAGCCGGCACUGCAUACCCUUUUUUGAACACUGGAAGACUAAUCACAAGGGUGUCAUACAACAAAGUUGUGGACAGUAGAUCCAUACAUGUAAUUAUCAUCUUCAUGCUGGGUUUGUUUUGG